AUGAAGUGAAGGUCAUCUUGAAUGUUCUAUCUCUAUGAGUCCCUUAUACUCAUCUUGUCUCCAGGAUGCUAUGUGUCUUGCUGCUCCAGGGCAUCUGGACAGAGGUUCUGGCUGUGACUCUGCUGGUGCUGAAUUCCCAGGUGGCUGCAGGGAGACAUGCCCCAGAGCACUUCACCAUGUAUUCUACAUCUGAGUGUUACUUUGUGAACGGGACGGAGCACGUGCAGUUUGUGGAGAGAUACAUCUACAACCGGCAGGAGUUUCUGCGCUUCGACAGCGCCGUGGGGGAGUAUGUGGCGGUGACGGAGCUGGGGCGGCCCACUGCUGAAAAUUGGAACAGAGACAAGGAUCUCCUGGAGAGCAGACGGACCGCGGUGGACUGGUUCUGCAGGGUCUGGUAUAAGCUGGCUGAACCCUUCUCAGUGCGCAGGCGCGUUGAGCCCAAGGUGACUGUGUAUCCAUCAAAGAGGGCUCCCCUGGGACACCACAACCUGCUUGUCUGCUCUGUCACUGGUUUCUAUCCUGGGGACAUUGAGGUCAGGUGGUUCCUGAAUGGGCAGGAGGAGACAGCUGGGGUUGUGUCCACAGGCCUGAUAAGCAAUGGAGACUGGACCUACCAGAUCCUGGUGAUGUUGGAAAUGAUCCCCAAGCAUGGAGAUGUCUACACCUGCCAAGUGGAGCACUCCAGCCUUCAGAGACCUGUCGUCUUGGACUGGAAAGCACAGUCUGAAUCUGCCCAGAGUAAGAUGCUGACUGGAGUCGGGGGCCUCGUGCUGGGGCUGAUCUUCUUUGGGGUUGGCCUCAUUGUCCAUAAGAGGAGUCAGAAAGGAAAUCAGGGUUCACAACCAACAGGACUCCCGAGCUGAUCUGUGAGGCUGUGUCCCCUAGAACUGUUGCAUCCCCACAGCCUCCCUUUCACAUUUGGAGGCUGCUGCUUGUGCCUAGAUCUCCAAGAAUUAGCUCUACUGCCCCCUUCCUAGGCAUGGCUCCUUUGCUGUAUCUUUGACUCUGUCUGGACUCUGGCAUUUCCUCAGCAGAGCUUCAGAGACGCUCUUCACUCUCCUUUGUUUCUGUACCUUUUUUAAAAAUCAAUUUUUGUCCCUUGAACCUUCACCCCAAGAAUUAGAAGACUGAGAGUGAACUGGUGCUUGGGGACACAGAGACAAAGUGAGGGGAGCAGAGAAGGAAACUUCAGCUUUUGGGAUUUGUAGAAUCUGUCAAAGUGUGAAAUGCCUCCAGAGGUGCAGAUUGCGAUCCAUCCACACCUUUUCAUCCUGCAAGCCUCUUGUCCAUUUCCUUCCAUAAUUACUGCAGAAGUCGGUUAAUUGACAUGCUGGUGGCUUUCCUCCACAUUUCUUUAUAUUGCGUAGAUUCCAGUGGCCCUCACAGGCUGUCUGUGCAGACAUCCUUAGCUUUCCGUCUGUGAUGGGCCCCCUCAUUCUGGUGAUACCUCUCUCCGAUGACUUUCCUUCUACCGCUUCUGCUCAGUUCUUCCUUCACAUAUAAUGUAGCCUGUGUUUGCCUAUCGUGGGCCUUCAAA